AUUCUUCCCAAAUUAAAACCUAAAACUAUGAACCCUAAAAUUUCAUCUAUGAACCCUGAAUCUGCACAACAUUCCACCAUAAAUCUUUAACUUUCCCUCUUUAAAAUUCCCUAGCUUCUACUAAUAUGUACUCUUAAUUUCUAUUCUCUCAAACUCUAUUGUUUUUUAUCUCUUAGGUUCUCUUGAAAAUGUCUGUGACUGUGAACACUGUGGAAGUCGACGAUGAUAGCGGCCAUAGCAUGAACAGCAGCUCGAGUACUCAACACGCAUGGUGGAUUCCAAAAAAGCGAUGCAAACAUGGAAUUGAAGCUAAUGUUUACACCUCUUACUCUGAGAAGAACCCUGGUCGGAGGUUUUACCGAUGCCGUUUUUAUCGGCAAGAUGACUGCAAGUACUUCGAAUGGUUUGAUCAAGAGACCCCACAGCCUUAUAAGGCUGCCCUGUUAAAUUUGAUAUCGAAGACCAAAACGUUGGAGACACAUCUGACACAAAAAGCCGAAUUAGAAUUGAUAUCGACCAAGAAUGCAGAAGCUGCCAUGAGAGCAUCAAGAAUUGUGCAAACUCAUCUGAGACAGUAUGCCGGCACAGUUGCACAAAUGAAAGGGGAAAUGAAUGUGUUGCAACUCGAGAUGGACAAUUUGAAGGCGACAAACAAGACAUUAAAAUUUCUCCUUAGGCUACUCAUCAUUAAAGGAAAUUCAACAAUGACAUAUAUGGAAUUCAUGAUUAAUAAGAACACAAAGAGCGGAGUAGGGAGCAAGUUCUUCCAUAAGCGUCUUGAGUGA